AUGGGUCCUCCAGCUCGUUCUUCAGGCACUGCAGGAUCCCCGUCUUCGGCCGAUUCCCGAGAGUCGACUAGGAGCUACGUGCAGAUGGUGCAGCACCUGAUUGAGCGAUGCCUGCUGCUCAAUUUGAGCCGUGAGGAGUGCGUCGUCGCCCUAGCGAAGCACGCGGGAGUCAAGCCUGCAAUCACUUCCACUGUGUGGAAAGCUUUGGAGAAGGAGAACCAGACCUACUUCGUCGAGUACUCUAAGCAGCGGAUUCGGCGACGGGCUGAGAGCCAACGGUUGCGUGCGCAGUACGCUAAGGACUGUGCCGAAAGAGUCUCCCAGUGCAUGGAUGUCUGGCGGCUGCCCGCUUCCGAGCAAAAGCCUACAACCGACGCGCUGUAUUGCGUCGCCGGCUUGUAA